AUGAAAAUCCCCAUCCUCCAGAAACGCCCACGGCCUCGAGCUAGGAGGCUGGAGAAACACACAAGGCGCGCGUGCGCUGCACAGCAUUUUCCACACCAUAUUCUUACAAACGGUUGCCCCCUUCCCUUUCGUCCUUGCUUGAUGCUAGCAAUUGGACGGGGAUUGGGGUUGGGUAGUUUCUACAGCCGAAAGUGGGAAGAUUUAGGCGGGGAUUGGCAGGGACACCAGGGUUACAGGGACUUUUCUUUCAAGGUAAGAAGUCUCGUCCUCCUGAUCCUCUCUGCCUCUCUCUUUGCAGGCCGGGGCUUGACGCCAUCACCAUAUUCACAGUGUCGGUCUCCAAUACCCACUCCCCUUUUGCUGCUGGCGCCGCUGCAGAGGGCGGAUAUUGUUUCCUUUUCUCCUCACCCUCUCUACUUUCCCACUGCCGCUGCUACCUCACUGUCACACGCAUAUCGGAUACAUAGAAGGAAUACGGGGGCCCUAGCAGAGUAG